AUGUCUACUUACUCCGACAACAGCAAUGGCAAACCGUCCAAGAGAGGCACGAUCCCCGCACUUUGGUCUGCGAAACAUAUUCCGCACAGUGCAGACUUCCCUGACCCAUAUGAAUUGAUUGGAGAUGCAUACGAGAGGAUACCAGUCGCAGACGAGUGGGAAUUGCCGGACCCCAACAGCAAGAGCCGGCCGUAUUUGGCGCACAUCAAAUCGCUGUCGACUUCGUGGAGGACUUUACGACAUCUAGCGGACUGGAUGCAGGUUAGCACUACCCCACUACGCUGGAAUGAGAUCAAAGAGCACCCGGAGGAACGCGAAACCCGUGCGAAUAAGACAAACGUCACCUUCGUCGAGUAUCGUCCUGCCACUGCACCAAAAGCUACAGCGAUUAAAUCGCCUGCUUUGCUUCAAGAAACUCUUCAAGCUCUGUCGCUUGAGCAUACGAAAGAACCUCCCCUGCGCCUCUUUAUAGUAGAAGACCUGUCUCGACAAGUCAUUGAGCUGCUGGGAGCGCGUUUCGAUAUAGAUCCAUUGUUCUUUCGAGAGCAGAUCGAUGACUACGUGUGGCACAACACUCGUGACCCCUGGGCGUCACCACCCAGCCUAGUCUCAAGCAUGAGGCAUCGGCCCUGGUUCAGGAUGCGCAAUAUGAGGUUACGAUACCACAAAACAGAAGAGGACUACUUCAAUUCGAGGCUGGAAGCAAAUUCUUGGAACGUGCUCAGACGACCUGACAACGAUGAGAACCAUUGGCACUACCAAGACGGAAAGGGAGCAGUCGUGUCCAUCAUGCGUACGCGUACCUCGAUGUGGAUCGGCAAGGAUAAGAAGUGUGGUAAUGGAACCGUCGGUAUUGUCUUGCUAGAUCCAACUGUUAGCCAAGGCCGGCCACUCUGGUACGAUCGUAGUAAUUGGCUGCCAACACCCAAGAUGGACACCAAAGUUUACCCCUCAAUCAAGUCUUCAGUAUCCUGGUUCGAAGACAUUGUCCAAAUGACGACUGCCUUCCCGUGGUUUGAGCGGAAAGAGGGAAAUGAGAUAAACGCGCAAGUUCUCGCCAAACCAACUAUAUACACCAUCUGCGCAGAGUGGCUCAUAGUGUGCGACUAUGUAAGAGCUCGUCUCAGCCAGAUAGAGUGGGAACUCGAGAUGCCACGCCUCUUCCGCUCGAAAGGUGAUGCCAUUGACACUUCGCUCAAGCGUCUGCAUACCUGGCGUCGGCAGAUCCCAGUGUUUCGGGAGAUGAUAACGGAGACGUUAGAACAUGCGCUUCCGGCUGCAGCGCGGCUUACUAGCCCGUCUACUCAGUCCUCCGCUGCGCCCACAUCACCUCUCUCCGUACGCUCUCUCUUUUCCGACAAUCUGACCAUAAAUUACGACAACGUAGAAGGAUUCGAGGACAUAGUGCCUGACUUCAAACGCCUCCUUGCCGCUGUCAAUGAACUGCAGGAGCGAGUCGACCGCCUGACUAGUAUUGUUACAUCGGAGAUAUCCAUCGAAGAUUCGCGUCGCGGGCUCGAAGAGAACCAUAACAUGGCGAGGAUAACAUGGCUGGCGACCAUCUUCAUCCCGUUGACGUUUAUAUCUGGGCUGUAUAGCAUGAAUGAGAGUGUUUCAGCAUUGAAGACGACGUAUGGUUGGUACUUCCUAACGGCCGUGCCAUUCACGUUGAUCGUCAUGGCAAUCGGCUGGGUGGCUGGAGGCGGCAGUCUGACACCAUGGAAGAAAAACACUACGAAGCAAAAGGGCAUGAUUGGGGGAAGAGACAACAAGAAAGCCAAGUGA